AAAUGUGACAUAAAAGGUGCCACUGAAGGUAAACUGAAAGGUAAAACUGUUGGAGUUAAAGACAAUAUAUGUGUUGCUGGUGUACCUAUGAUGAAUGGAUCAAGGGUCAUGGAAGGUUUUGUUCCUGAUAUAGACGCUACUGUGAUAACAAAGGUCUUGGAUGCAGGAGGACGUAUUAUAGGCAAAACUAACUGUGAACAUUUAUGUUUUGGUGGUACUAGCUGGACUAAUGACACUGGCCCAGCAUUAAAUCCCCAUGAUAAAACCAGAGUUUCUGGAGGCUCGAGUUCAGGAUGUGCAGUGGCGGUUUGCAACGGCGAAGUGGAUGUAGCCAUCGGUGCAGACCAAGGAGGAUCCAUUCGAAUUCCGGCAUCAUGGUGUGGAAUAGUAGGGCUUAAACCAACGUGGGGGCUUGUACCUUACACUGGAGCUGUUGCUAUGGAAAUAACAGUUGAUCACCUCGGUCCGAUGGCGAGAAAUGUAUACGACUGCGCACUUUUUCUGGAGGUAAUGGCCUGUUACGACAAUGGGCUAGACCCGCGACAGCCACGUGACUUACAGGUGCCCAAAUACACAGAAUAUCUGAAACCUACAUUGUGGCUUCGAUUUCUGGAUGAUGUUUUCAUGAUCUGGGAUCAUUCACUCGACGAACUGAAUAGCUUUGUUAAAGCCCUUAAUGAAUUACAUAGCUCUAUUAAAUUCACGUAUGAAAUUUCAACGAAACAUGUGUCAUUCCUGGAUGUUGAUCUUACGAAAGAUACCAGUAAUAACAUAUGCACCAAUGUACAUGUUAAAAAUACUAACAUCCAUCAGUACCUUCUCUACUCCUCUAAUCAUCCAAAGACUUGUAAAGACGGUAUUCCCUACAGUCAGGCUAAGCGAUAUCGUCGUAUUAUAUCUGACGAUAAUCAAUUUGCUAAAUCUCUGGACACUCUACGUGAAUUUUUCAAAUCCAGAAAUUACCCAGACAGUGUAAUAGAUGCUGCAUUUAACAAGAUGCAUAAUGUUACACAAGACGAAGCUCUGAAAUACAAUAACAAUUCUGAUCAAGUUGAUAUUGUGCCUUUUGUUACUGAAUAUAAUCCCUCCCUCCCUAACAUUGCUAGUAUCAUACAUAAAUACUGGGAUUUAUUUAAACUAUCGCCAAAUGUCUCAGUCCAACAGUUGCAUUCCUCAAGACCCGUGUUAGCAUACAAACGUGGUAAAAAUCUUAAAGACUUCCUUGUAAAGUCUAGAUAUUCUGCAAUGCCCCCUACCCCCAUCAGCGCCCGUUCCAGCAAAUGCUACCGACCUAGAUGUACACAUUGUAGCAAGAUAGUAGAAACUGAUGAAUUCGUUAGUUCUUCUAAUUCUUCUAUCUUAUUAUCUGAGGGAUUCACCGGAUGUGACGAUGACGUACAGGCUGUUGUCCGAGGCGCAGCAGAAACCCUCGGGAAGGUGGGCGCAAUUGUCGAGGACGUCUCCAUACCCUUGCAUACUCAUGGUAUAGCAAUUUGGCAACCGAUUAUAACUGAUGGCGCUUAUAGGUGUAUGUUUACAGGAAACGGCGUCGGUCAUCAUUACAAAGGGUACUAUGCGGAAUCUAUGAUGACAAAAUUGUCACAAGGAUAUAAAAUGGACGCGAGGCAUUUCUCAGAACCUGUGAAGUCGGCUGUUCUUUUUGCAGAAUACAUCGAAAAGAACUAUGGUAACAGGUUUUACGGACGAGCACAAAACUUGAAUAUGAAACUAACGCAAGCUUAUGACGACGCUCUGUCAACUUAUGACGUCAUAGUUAUGCCGACGCUGCCUUUUACGGCACCUUUGCUGCCUACGAGCAAAUCUUCAAUAACAGAACGCUUAGAGAAUGCUUUUGGUAUGUUUAAGAAUACAGCACCAUUUGACAGCACAGGACACCCCGCCAUUACAGUAAACGCGGGAAAAUCUAACGGACUUCCGGUUGGAAUCAUGAUUAUUGGAAAACGUUUCGAGGAUGUUAAAGUUCUACAAUCGGCAUAUGCGCUGGAGAAGCUACAAGAUCAGAAUUGAAGUCAGAGACGUCAUCAAUAGAUAUUUUAUUCGGACGUCAAAUAUUGUUGUAAAUGAAAUUGAUAUUACGAUUAUUGAUUUUGAAACUUCGAAGUUCCGAUUUUUAAAUUCAUUGUGUAUGGUGGGAAUACACAUGAAUACGUUUAAGAGCUGCAGAUAAAAUGCUGCAAACAGAUCGAUGUUUAAAUGCUAUAUA